AUUCAGGUCACGUGAUGUUUUGUUGACGGUAGGAGACGGAGAAAGAUGGCGGCCCGCUGGAGCAGUGAGAAUGUGGUGGUUGAGUUUCGGGAUGCUCAGGCCACCGCCAUGUCAGUGGACUGUCUGGGCUCACACGCCGUGCUGUCCGGGAGACGUUUCCUCUACAUGGUGAACCUCGAGGCUCCGUCUGAGCCUCCAAGGAAAAUUGGUCGACAGAGUAAAUGGGACGUGGGAACGGUCCAGUGGAAUCCUCACCGCUCAGAGUCUCACAUCUUCGCUGCCUCGAGUAACCAGCGUGUGGAUCUGUACUCGUGGAAGGAAGGCUGUGGAGAAGUUCACACCUCCCUGCAGGCUCACACCCGAGUCAUCAGUGAUCUGGACUGGUCCUGGUUUGAACCUGAGUUCCUGGUCACCAGCUCGGUGGACACUUACAUCUACAUCUGGGACACCAGAGACACUCGGAAACCCACUGUGGCGCUGUCUGCUGUCGCCGGAGCGUCUCAGGUGAAGUGGAACAGGAAGAACCAGUACCUGCUGGCGUCCAGUCAUGAUGGAGACGUUCGAAUCUGGGAUAAAAGAAAGCCAAACACGGCGGUGGAGUACGUGGCGGCUCACCUUUCUAAGAUCCACGGCCUCGACUGGCAUCCGGAAAACGAGUUCAUCUUUGCCACGUCGAGCCAGGACAACUCAGUGAGGUUUUGGGAUUACAGACAGCCCAGGAAGUAUCUGAACAUCCUGUCCUGCCAGGUGCCGGUGUGGAAGGCCCGGUACACGCCGUUCUCAAACGGUCUGGUCACAGUGAUGGUUCCUCAGCUGAGGAGAGAGAACAGUCUGUUACUUUGGAGCACGCUCGACCUCAACAAUCCCGUCCACGCCUUUGUCGGACACGAUGACGUGGUGCUAGAGUUCCAGUGGAGGCCGCAGAAAGAAGGCUCAAAGGAUUACCAGCUGGUCACCUGGUCCAGAGACCAGACUCUGAGGAUCUGGAGGGUGGAUCCUCAGCUGCAGAAGCUGUGUGUCAGUGACGUGGACGACCUGAUGGAGGGGAUGUCGCUCACCGUUGAGUCGGAGAAGUCUCUGUCGUCUCAUGAGCCGGAGAGCCAGCACGGCAUCGGCCUCGCCGCUGAAAACCUGCACGAUCCGGACUCUGGAGGUCGUCACGACUCAGCGGGGGGUUCAGGUGUCCCUCAGACUCUGCAGCAGGAGUUUUCUUUGGUCAACCUGCAGAUCAGAAACGUCAACGUGGAGAUGGACGCAGUGAACCGCAGCUGUGUGGUGUCAGCUCACUUCGGCAGCCAUCAGGUUCACCUGGUUGUGAAGUUUCCUGCUCAGUAUCCCAACAACGCCGCGCCAACCUUCCAGUUUGUCUCCCCAACAACCAUCCCGUCUGUCAUGAAGAUAAAGAUCCAGAAGAUUCUGACUGACACAUCCCUGCAGAAAGUGAAAAGGAACCAGAACUGUCUAGAGCCGUGCGUACGACAGCUGGUUUCCUGUCUGGAGUCGGACAUGAUUCAGGAGGAUGGUCCGACCUCCAGCCCCUUUGUGCUGUCCAACCCCGUCACUCCGGCCCUGCAGGCGUUCCCCCGAGUCACCAACACAUACGGCUCCUAUCAGGAUGCAAACAUCCCGUUCCCUCGGACCUCUGGAGCUCGUUUCUGUGGUACCGGCUGCCUUGUUUACUUCACCCGACCAAUCACGAUGCACCGCUCUGUCCCACCCACUGAACCCACUCCCAGGUCGCUGUCAGCUCUGUCGGCCUAUCACAGCGGAGUGCUGACUCCGAUGAAGAUGCGUUCAGAGUCUCAGAGCACUCUGCGCUUGUACAGUGGCAGCCCGACCCGCUCCGACAAAGACACCGUCUCCAUCUCCUCCUUCUACUACAAAGAACGGAAAUCUCGGCGGUUCAAGACGAAGCGAGAGGGGACAGACUACGGGAACCGUCCCAUCAAACUGGCAGGAAAGGUCAUCAUCCAGGAGAUCUCCUGUCUGCUGCCCGUCCACAAGGCUCUGGGAGAGAGCUACAUUCUGAACAUGAAUGACAUCCAGGAAACGUGUCAGAAGAACGCAGCAGCGGCGCUGACAGUUGGACGCAGAGACGUAGCAAAGGUGUGGGCUCUGGCAUCUGCAGCAACCAAUCAGGAUUUGAGUCCAGACUCAGACCCCGACACAGAGACCCCCUGGGCCAGACACCCGUUUGGACGCCAGCUGCUGGAGACCCUUUUGGAUCACUACAGUCAGAUGAGCGACGUUCAGACUCUGGCCAUGCUGUGCAGCGUGUUCAGAGCUCAGGCUGCUCCUGCAGACUCUUACUCUCUGUAUGGACACCACCCAUCACGCUCCUCCAUGUUCCCCCCACACCACUCAAGAUAUCCCAGCUUCACAUCCAGCUCCGUCACCUCGGGCUCAUGCUCCAGUACCUCUGACUCCAUCACAACCACCAACUGGAACACAGGUAGAGAGCCUGAACACCCUAACCCCUGGGGUGAGUCCUCCCCUGAUGAUUAUCGCUAUAGUAACCAGGGUUACAGUGAUCCACGGGAACGGGAGCGGGAGCAGCACGAUAUGAACAAGAGGCUGCUGGACCCGGCCAACAUGCUGCAGUUUGAUGACUUUAAGAUAUGUUACGGUGAAAUUCUGUACCGCUGGGGACUGAGGGAGAAAAGAGCCGAUGUUCUCAAGUUUGCCUCCUGCCCGCCUGAACCUCACAAAGGCAUCGAGUUUGGAGUGUACUGCUGUCACUGUCGCAGUCAGGCCAGGGGAACUCAGUGUGCCGUCUGCAAGCGUCUCACUUUCCAGUGCGCCAUCUGUCACGUGGCUGUGCGCGGCUCCUCCAACUUCUGCCUGAGCUGUGGUCACGGAGGACACACCAGUCACAUGAUGGACUGGUUCCGCCGACAGGACGAGUGCCCGGCUGGCUGCGGCUGCCACUGUCUGCUGCAGAGCACCUUCUGAUGCAGCGUAGGCCCCAUGCUGAAUAAAACCUAGGCAUCUCCAGAGAACGGAGGGGUCUGAUCAGCAAGAUCUAAGGGGGCUGAUGCACAGCUCGGACUCCUCGUGGUCGCAGAGGAUCCGCUCCACUGACAGAUGGUGACAGGACAACAGAGUCCAUCCAACAGUUUGCCCCACAACACAAAACACUGCUCAGACUGAAGGACAAUCAUGGUCCCUUGACCCUCCAGACUCUGUCCUCUGGACUGCAUUUAAACUAGGACACUAGAAAUGCCAAAACCCAAAGGCUAGAUAGUCGUGAAUUUCAUGCUGCCUUCAUGAAGAACUUAAUCUGUUGUAGAGACUUUUUCCUUUCCUCUAGGAUCAUCCUAAAUGUAAAGGUUGCAGGGUGUGCACCUGUGUCUCUCAGGCAGGACGUAGUUUGUCACUGAACAAUAAGCAGGUCUUUAAACAGUGGUGUGUUUCAACUGUCAGUGGUGUCGACAUAUUUUCAUCACUGCUCAGGUUAAAAUUUCCAGCAGUCUGUAAGGACUCCAUCUCAAAUCUGACACCGAAUUUAACCAACACUAACAAUCAUUUUACUUACAAAUAAUCCAUCUUUUUUGAUUGUUUAAUCAUUGAGUGUCUAAGAUAGGGGAAAAACUGCCAAAGUGACUUUCUGUCAGACGGAGCAGGUCACCAUACAAAUCAGAUAAAACCAACAAUCUCACAUUUGAGAAGCUUGACCCAGAGAAUCUGCUGAUGUCAUGCAUGAGCAAAGAAAUUAAAACCUUGUUGAACACCUUUUUCCCAGCUUUCCCAAAGGCUUCUUUGAGGGGGAGAAGGAGGGGGGGGGGGUUGUAGUGCCUGAAUAAUGUGUUCAUAUGAACAAUCCUUUUUAAUGCUGUAACACCUCGACAUAAUACAGUUACUGCAAAAAGCAAAAAAAAAAAACAGUGAUGUGAAUCUCAGGUCAUAUCGCCCGGCACAAGUUCAGAGGCCGUAAUAAAAACAGAAGAGGUGAGUGUUUGCAUUUAGUUCACUGCCUGUUAUGAGCGUGGGAUAGGGCAGUGUCUGUGCAGUCAGUUAAUUCAGUGUUUGUUAUGAAAUCAGGUGAGUCUGUGCUUCGUUCACUGUCCCUCCAUAUUCACAGAGGUCUUACAGGACUCAAUGCUGGAUCUAGACUGUUUUUUUUUAAUGUGAAACUCUGAAUGAAGAAUGUGUGAAUAGUUAACAAAUGUACUUGAUGUAAAAUAGAAAUAAAAUUAAGUUUGAAUUCAAA